UUCUUCAUCUGACAGAUUCCAAAGUAAGCUUAUGUUGUGAUACGUCCACUCUGUGUUUAUAAAAACUGGAAUAAUACAUUGGUAUCAAAUAAUUUGUUUUAAAGUAUUUUCGUUAGUUAAAUCAAAUAAAAUAAUUGUCAGAUAUUUAAGGUUACGUCUGUGUCCUUGUUUGCUAAUACUUCAGUAAUUUAAAAUGACUACACAUAUUUGCUAGUAAUUUGGCCAACAAUUUCAGCCUAAUAAUAGGUGAUCAAGGGGUUGGUGUGAAAGGGAAUUUGAGUUUGAGUUCAGUUAAUAACUAGAUAUUUACUUCUGCUCCAAAGACUUAUUCACUACCAAUAAGGUUUUACAUAGUAUCCAAAUUUGUGACUUUUUGAUUAUUAAUAACAUAAUAGUAUGGGUUUGUUAACAAUCGGAUCACCACUAAACUGGCCUGAAACUAAGAAAAUUGCGUCGUUCAUUCAAGAACAGGGUAUCAAGGAGUUCUUAUUAUUGUAUCACAAACUGAAUUCACGGAUGAAACAUACACUGAAAUGGGGUGAUGAGAUUGAGUACACAUUGGUUCGCAUUGACCCUUCGACACAUGCAGCACAACUCUAUCUUGGUGCUUCGGAGUUGUUAAAGCUGAUGAAGGAAAAGAAAAGUGAUAUCAGUGAUGAAAUAACUUGGCAACCCGAGUAUGCUGAAUAUAUGAUAGAAGGAGUACCUAGAAUUCCUUUUGGACGACUAUUGGAUGCUUUUAAGACUGUCGAGUGCAACAUGAAGAAAAGACGAUUAGAUUUAGUGGCGAAUCUUCCCGAAGAUUGCAUUGCAUUGACAAUAUCAGCCUUUCCAAGAUUGGGUUGUGAUGACUUUUGCUAUCCAGUUGUCAAACCAACUCCUGAUAGUGGUGCUUCCAGAAGUUUGUUUUUUCCAGAUGCAGCUAUUACUCAGGGACAUCCACGUUUUAAAACGCUAACGCGUAACAUUCGUGAACGGCGUGGGACUAAAGUUGCUAUAAAUGUUCCCAUUUAUCGAGAUAUAUGUACACCUCAGCCAUUUAUUGAAAAUUUCCCAAAUCAAAAUGAUCCCACUUCAACGUUUGCAGCUUUACCGAAUCAUAUUUAUUUAGAUGCUAUGGGCUUCGGAAUGGGUUGUAGCUGUUUACAGAUCACUUUCCAGGCAUGUUGCAUUGAUGAAGCCAGGAUCUUAUACGAUCAGCUAGCAACAAUGUGCCCAAUUGUUAUGGCUUUAAGCGCAGCCACUCCUGCCAUCCGAGGCUACUUACUGGAUUGGGACUGCCGUUGGGGUAUCAUAUCCGCAUCAGUUGAUGAUCGAACAGAAGAGGAGAGAGGAAUCAAGCCUCUCUGCAACGAUCAAUUUGUUAUUCCUAAAUCACGCUUUGCAUCAGUUUCUUUUUACCUUUCCUCAAUGGGCGCUAAAUUCAAUGACAUUCCACUUGUUUAUAAUAAAGAUUAUUAUAAUACUUUAAUUGAAGGAGGUGUUGAUCAUACAUUGGCAUUACAUGUAGCUCAUCUUUUCAUACGAGAUCCUAUCAGUGUGUUUUCUGAAAGCUUGAAUAGUCCAGAAAAUGAAGAAACAGUUGAAAAUUUUGAAACUAUUCAAUCCACCAAUUGGCAGUCAAUGCGUUUUAAGCCUCCACCAUUGAAUUCAUCAAUAGGAUGGCGUGUUGAAUUUCGACCAACUGAAUUACAAUUAACAGAUUUUGAAAAUGCUGCAUUUGUCACUUUUAUUUUAUUAUUAUCUAGAACAAUAUUAAAAUUUAAUUUGAAUUUACUAAUUCCACUUUCAAAAGUUGAUGAAAACAUUGCAACAGCUUUAAAACGUGAUGCUGUUCUUAAUGAGAAAUUCUAUUUUAAACAAGGUCAUUUAAUAACCACAGAUGGUACUCCAGUUGAUUUAGCUAAAUCAUGUUCCAAGUUUAAAUUCAAUCGUACCUAUUCUACUCAGUGCGAUUUUUCUGAUUCAAACUGUAUAUUUUCUCGUGAUGAACAAUAUGUAAACACAUCGUCUUGUAAUUCGACAUCAUCAUUUGCUGAAGUAAAUCCAGACGAUUCCUAUAUGCUAAUGUCGGUGAAUGAAAUUAUCAAUGGAACUGGUACUUUUCCAGGUCUUCUCCCUUUAAUUCGUCAUUAUGUUCAAGAAACUGGUGGACAUCUUGAAACUAUUGAUCUUAUUAAUAGCUAUUUGGAUUUAAUACAAAAAAGAGCAUCAGGUGAGUUGAUGACUACUGCCAAAUGGAUGAGAAGUCGUAUCAUGAAACAUCCUGACUACAAAAAUGAUUCGUAUAUAUCUUCUCAAAUAAAUUCUGACAUUAUAAAAGAAUGUUGGGAUAUUACUAGAGGUGUUAUCCGACCGCCUGAACUUCUACCUCAUGAUUCAGUUAUUGUUAACUGUUCUUCUCUAUCUUGUAAAUUAAUGAAAAACUUCAGUGAGUGUAAUGAAUCAAAAAAGUAUACUGUUGCUGAUCAUAACAAUGAUCAUUAACAAACAUUGCAUUUUUAUUUCUGCCUCUGUGAUUAUAAUCACCAGUUCAUUUGAUUAAAUUGUACCGCUCUUAUUUUGUCUUAUAGUUAAGUAAUUAGAGAACAGAUAAUUUAAUCUUUUGAUUUGCCACAUCAUGUUGUAAUAAUUAACUGAUAGUUUUUUAGACUUUCAAUAUUAUUAUCAUUGCAUAUCAUUAUUUGAUAACUUUUAUUAACGAUUUAUUUUAAUGACUAAAUUUUAUAAUUUACAUGGUUCUUAUUAUUUUCCAUGCAAUCAGUUCCUUUCACAAAUGUGAACUGAGUAACAAUGAUAAUGCUCUUAGAAUAUGAUGUGUUUCGUUGCUUUCUCUUCAGCUACAUACAAGCUGAUAAGUCUAGUAAAUUCCAAGUAUUGACUUAAUGCUACAUUUGGAAGAAAUGAACCACUAACAAAUAGGUUGUUUGGGAUGUAUGAGACGUUAAGAAUUAAAAUUCUUACGGGUUUUUUAAUAAUCUUUUGGUGUGAUAGUGUUAGGAUAUUCAAGGUAAAUUUAAUAUGUAAUAUCAUAAGACAACUAGAAGGGUUAGAAAGGAAAAAAAGACGUCAGUUAAUCUCACUAGCUUAUGAUGACGAUUAAUUAAAAUAGAUCAAAAUGUUUAGUGCGAUUUGUUACAAAGGCAGUUGUGUAUUAACUACUGACUAUUUUUUACUACAAAGGUUAGGUUUAAGUCUUCUAAUUCCUGUGGAUUUCAUUAAUCUGAAUAAAGUAUAAUCAAAGUGUUUAUUGGCCACUUCGAAUGGAUUCGUUUCGUCCACUUCGUACUACGUACCUAUCGAACUACGAAGCCCGCUUUGUCCAUUAAGGUAUGUAUAUACAGAGUUUAGGAAUGUUAUUUUCAGAAUAGUUGUACUUGUUUGUACAGCUUUACUUAUGGUUUGACAGUUGAUUGUAGUAUUAAUUUCUUGCCACUUUUGUUCACAGGUUUGUCAACUUGUUGAAACAUCAUGUUGGGUUUUCUUUCAGUCUUCUGAAGUUAAAAAAUGUGCUAUUGAGACGAGUAUAAAAUAUAUCUCGUCACUAUGUUACUGCUAAUCAUAAGACUGUAGCUUGAUUUGUGAUUUAUCAUUUUUUCACUCCAUAGUGGUGACAAAAUAUACACUGGUAUUCGCUUGCUAAGCUUUAACAAAGUCCCAUAUGAUCUAAAACUAAGAGAUGACUUCGUCACAUGUGAUAUAUUCACUUACGAUUAACCAUAUUACCAAUGACGCUGACUGAUUUACGUCAAUACAAAUUGAACAUUAGAAUGUAUCAAUUUUUAAACUCGUGUUUUUAUCCAUCCUCUGUAUAAGUAGAUACUUAUCAAAAUAUUUGAUACAAAUUACUUAUUAAAAGCAGCUGAUUGAGGAGUCUAUUUUGAUAUUCGGUAGUUGCCAUUAAUUUGGAUCUAAGAAUUUAGGAUACUCAGUUGUUUAAACGAGAUCAGCUUAUUCCUUUGAUUUUCCCACUGUAAAAACUUUAUGAGAGGUAUAAGGUUUUCUUAUUUCAUGGUAUCUAUCUUGCUUCCAUUGGAAUAUUGUGGCAUAUCUCACUAAUCAAUGUUUUUAAGUUCCAGGCAGCUAUUUGUUGACUUGAAUCCUACGGCAAUAAUUUACGUUUGAGUAGUUCAUUAGCCGACUAUGGUUUUUAUUGUUGUUGGUUUGUAUUAGUUUAGUGUAUAUAAAUCGAAAUCUCGAAUGUCCAUAAUUUCCGAAUCCGCAUCUUUUUAUUUGACGCUUGUGUUUUUGGAAGGCUAUUAAAGUAGAUCUACGGGACUAGAAUCGACAGGGUAUUUUAGAACUUCGGUGUUGAUUUACAACCUCUUAGUGGUCAGGAUAUACUCUCAGAACUACUUCUUGAGCUCUCUAGGGUUACUAUCAAGUCUGGAUAUACUAGGACGGUUAGGGAUACUAGUUCGAAUAAAACAUCAGUAAAGGGACACUAACCAGGAAGAAUAAUCUAAAUCAUUUAAAAUAUACUUUGUCAGUAGAAGAUUUAUGAAGCCCCAUGAUAAAGGCCAAGAUUAUUCGGAGGCCACAGGGCCGAGACCCAUUCUGACAGCUAGAGUACCAAUUAAUACCGAUAAUUGGACUGUCCAGAAAAUGUGAGACCAGGUGGGCCAUUCAAAUAUUUUCCGGAAUUAGAAGACGCAACCUAACAUUGACUGGGAUAAGCGAAACUCAUUAGAUACAGUCUGAAACAAACUUCACAAUAGCUGUUGUUGUAUUUCAGUCACGAACAAGAAAAGGGUUUAGAACUAAAACGAGCUACCACUCAAGGCCGAAGUCAGAAUUUUCAACACUGAUGUUUACUGUUCUAUUAUACUGUGCUGAAACUAUGUGAACUACGACAACUAUCAUCAAAAAGGUACAGGUACUUAUGAACGGUUGUUUACUCAAGCCACUCCAGAUCCACUGACCAGACAACAUCAGGAAUAAUCUACUCUGUUAGAGGACAAACUAUCAGUCGAGGAAGAAAUACAGAAGGUGGAUAGGAUAACUUCAACGGGAACCAGUAAACUACAUCUCAAGGCAAGCUCUAGCUUGGAAUAUGAAAUAAUAAGAGGGGACUAAAAGAUACAUGGAGUUCCGAUAUUACGCUUAAGUGAAUAAGUAGAGAAGGGCUCUCAGGACUAGCAUACUAGCAUACAUACUGGUAGAUAAGCACUCAAUCACGAGAAAUUAACAGCCCACUGUCAACACACUUGUGGAUUAAUUCCUAAGUUAAUAAACCAGUCUGAUGGAAUAGUUUUCAAUGUGCCUGCCUUAUGGUUCUAGCAUUCCUAUUUCAAUACCGUGUAGGUCUUGGAAAAGUACUAUCUGUACCAACAUUUGGUCAGAAAGCAAAGUAUUGAACUGAAAAACCAGUUGAUAAGCUGGAUGGUAUGUUAAAAUGCAAAUGUGGGGAAACCACAAGUGGAAUAUGAUUUUAAUUAACUAACGGAAAUUCCUGUAUCUUGCCAUUUGGUAAACGGGGCCAGUUAUAAAGUUUGUUUCUGUAGAUUUCGUACAAAUAGUCUUAUUCAACAGUAAGAUUACAUAUUGAAACCUAAGAAAUAAGAGAUUAAGUCCCUCUAGUAUGUUCGGACAGCAGAUUAAUUUUAAUUUCAAAUUCCACUUUCUAAGAAAUUAUUGCCGUUUUACAUAUUGCUAAAUAAUCUGACAGGUCAUGAGUUAGUUUACAUGCCAUGAUAAUGAUUUAAAAUAACUCAAACCAGUAAGUAGUAUGUUGUAGGAAAAAGAAAUGCAAACUCCUAACUCCCAAUUACAGGUUUUCUAAAAGUACACCGUUUGCUGAGUCUAAGUGCAGAUCUCUUUUAAAGUCAGUUCAUUUUAAUUCCUCUGCAUCUGUGCUCCUAUUAAUUUUAGUUAUCAUUAACACAUAUCUUAUGAGUGAGUCAUUACCAUUACUGAAAUAUAGCCCCUUCAAAACACCACUCAUCUGUAUGUAGUUAACAUCUAAGUACUUGAGUUAUGAAGUUAUGUAAAUGAAAGUCUGGCUUCUACUUAAAUUCGUAAUAUUUUUAGUUGGAGAAAAUUUCUAAAAAGAGAUUGAUACGUACAAACUUUCUGGAUUAUUUUCAUUUUUUUUUUUGGCUGAAAUAACUUCAUGUUUUCAUUUAUUUAAUGAAUAACAUUCUAAAUAGAG